ACUCAGCCAGUCAAUCCAAUUUGGAGCUGGAUGGUGGCAGUAGUGGACUAAGUCCCUUAUCUGUUCCCUUCAGCUGUUUUACUCUUCUGCUAUUGAUGGAAACAUAAAAUUAAAAGUGGAAUCAACUCAUAGGAAGCAAGAGCCCAGCAAGAGAAUUAGGAGGGAAAAGUUGAGGAGACUAAUCUCUCUACAGCUGGGGUAAUGUGCUGACAGAUUUGAUUUUAAAUGCACAUGCAGUAGAUUGGGUAUUUCACAAAUAUUGCUAUUUCAUUUAUCUUAGUGGGUAUCAAAGCAAGUACAAGAAGAAAAUUGAAAUCAGAUUGGUAAUGGUUUGGGGGAUUUUUUGAGGAGUGCAAUUUAUGGAAUUCUGGUUUCCCAUGUGAUGUGCACUGGGAAAUUAUGAAGUUUGAGGAAUGAACAGGAGGCCUGAAAGUGGAUUAGCCAUUUCUACAGGAUGAUAGCAGAAAUAUAUAGAGGAACUAACAGGUGUUUAUACUUGAUUCUGUGCAUGCUUCAUGUUAUGUACAGGCUGCAAUGAAAAAGAAGCUCAAGCACUUGAAAUCAGUGGUUGCAAUGGUGCAAAGUUUGAUGUAAAUAAGAAUUAGAAUAUGAUGGACCAGACAGCCUGGUGUGUCUGUGGGAUUCAUAGUUCUCUUUUGAUUUUUGAUUCCCUUUUGAUUCCAGCCAGAGAAGACCUUGCAUUUCUUUACAUUAGUAUUUCUCAGUAGGCUAAAUGUGACAGCUUCCCUGCAUGACCCAGAUUGCUGGAGCUGCACAGGAGUUGAGUGAUGCUGCUUUCUUUAUCUUUAUACAAACCUCUCUGCUGUGCUUCUGUUUUGGGCUGGCAUUUGGCAAUGCACACUGACAAAUAAAAUCUCUUAUGUAAGGGGUUCUCCCCAAGGAGGAUCCUCUGCCUCUUGUAUCACAGUGACGUGACAAAGAAAACCUCAUGGUCAGCAUCAUACCCAAUCAGCAGGUGGUUCUUCUGCAGUGAGGACAGGAAAAGGACAAUCUUUGUGCCCAAGGGACACAUAGGCACAUCUUCCUUCUCUUCAAUAAGGGUUUCUUGCCAUGGCCAGUACAGAGGAGUGUUGGGAUAAACCCCACCUCUUUGUAGGAUUCAUGAUCUUCAGAUCACUUCCCUCUUGUCCAUGGGGCUGAUCCCCCCUAGGGCUGGAUUUGGUGUGAAGUGGGGAACAAGCAGAGCUUUGCAAGGAGGCCUCUGUAAGAUGAAUAGUGGGAGAAAGACUGAAAGGCUGCAAAGGAGUCAGGAGGGGAUGGUGAAGGAUCAGGGGAGUUUCUCUGCAUCAAGGAGUAGGGAAGAGUAGCAAGGGAAAGCAACAUAAGGAAGAGGGAAGCAGAAUCUCUGUACUUAUAUAAGAAUGUUCAAAGAUGCUGUCAUAGAUGAAAGGAAAAUGUAGCAAAGGGAAAGAGAGGACAAAGGCAGAAUGAAGGUGUUUUUCAAGUCAGGAAAUGUAAUACUCAAUGAAGCAAAAGAAUACAUUGCUGGUGUGAGUGUGAUUGAUUUGGCUGAUGUCUGUUUGCUCCCUUCUAUUGGGCAGCUCAAUGGGCUGCUGAAGAGAAGGAGGCAUAAAUCUCACGUAGGUGAGGUGUGUUGAUGAAAAAAGCUUGGCAUCUUGUGGACUUGCCUCCCCACUUGACUGAUGCUGAUGUCUCACACCACAGAGAUGGCUUUUUGGAUCUUGUGCAAAUUCUCAGUGGUGCUGCAAGGGGCCCUUCCUCCCCACUCCUGUCCUUGUGUAGGCACGGGCACCUCUGAAUCAAGAUGUUGAUGCUGAAAGCCAAUUGUCCUGGUCUGGAUUAAUGCUUGUGGCUGUCUGAAAGCUGCAGUAAGUGCAGGAGAGGUGAUGAGGACAGGCAGCUGGGGGUGGUGUCAGAAAGAACUUUCCUGUACAGCGGUGACAAAGAUUUAUGCUGAAUUCCAGUGCUCAUCUCAUCAGCAAUUGGCAGGACCUGAGUCUCUGUGCACAUUAGAGGCCUCUCCUGUCUUGAUUCUCUGGUGCAUAGCAAUGUGGGAGUUCCUGUUUACUUAUCAGAAACAAAGCUGAAAAGAGAAGGGGAAGCUCAAGGCAGCCUCUGUUUCUGCAACCUGUCAAUCUGGCCCCACUCACAGUUAUAAUCUCCAACAUUUUUCUUGGCUCCUACUCCUCACUUCUCAAUGCAGCUUGAAAGGCUCCUGCAUGGCAUUGCAGUACAUAGAAGAGGCUUUGGUCAAACCCUCUAGAGCUCCAUGUAAAUUUUGCCCCAGUACCUACAGCGAAGGCAGGUUUGACAGGUCUCUUGGUCUUUCAAAUACACAUUCAGGGCUCACUUGAGCUACUUGCAGAAUAGAAGAGCAAAGCCCAUCUCUCAGGGUAUUUAUAGAUUCUUCAUUGCUCAGGAAAAUUUCCUCACUAGUUGUCUUGCUAAACAAAGAUAGCACUUUUUUCUCACAUUUAGCAAAGGAGAAAAGCUACUUGGGCCUCCCUUCUUGAUAAGAGACCUUUUUCACUGAGUUGCAUUUGGAUUAGUUCCCUAGCCCAGUUCACAGAACACUGCCCACCCUUUCAGGGACAAAACUUCACUACCCUCUUUGUGUAAGUAUUUUCUUUACAUGAGAAGAGAUUGCCACAUGGUGGCAAUUUACCUUCACUUUACAGUUGUAUCUACAAGUGCCUAACCCAGUCUGGAGUCUUUUCCAAACAUGUUUUCCUUCAGCCCUUCCUUUGCUCUUACGAAACACUGGUGCUUCAAUGUUGAGAUUACUUACUGCUUGUUUGGUUUUGAGGGGGUGUUUGUCCCUCUUGUCUAUUCCCUCACACUCCACAAUGCUUAGGAUGCCGUUACUUUUUCCUCCCUGCUCCCAGCCUUCCUACCAAAAGAGGAUAUUGGGACUGGUUUGGAUUUUAUGUAAUCUUUGACUUUCUUAAAAAGCUGUGUAUACUUUUCUUUACAGGCAUGAAUGGAAUGACCACAGGGACAGCUGAGGGAGCAGGGCAGGUGCAGAGGGUUGAGACAGACUGCAAGCCCAUGCUCAGAACAGCUUCCUGUGACCUUCUCUCCCCAAGCUGGCCCAGGAACAGAUGAGGAACCCUAACCCAGUCUCUGCUGUAAUACUAUUGAAACAAAAUCAUCUCUGCCCAAAGUUUACAGUUGCUUUUUAAAAAGGCAGCAAAUGUGACACAGUACUCCAAAAAUCAUACUGUGAGGAUGUUAACCCUUUGGUGCUCUGAAAUGUGUCCAAAGCAGGGCCCCAUUCCCUGCUGUCCCUCACACACAGCUGCUCAGGGUCCAGUGCUCUCGUCCUCUUGCCUCUCAAAAGAGCAAGCACCCCUGAGGAUGCUGCUUGCAAGUUGAACUGUAGCAUUGAAGGAAAAGUAUCGCACUCCACUGCACAAAAGCAGCAAGAAAGAGAGGAUUCCUGGCACAGCAGGAAAGCCAAGAUGUCCCUGGAGUAAUUCCAAAGUCUUGCAGGCUGAUGUAUUUUUACAGCAUCACAGAAACAUGAGAUCUUAUUUUUCAAGAGUCCUGAUUAUAGGUAAGUGACUUUUGUGCUUUCUUUGUGCUUUCUUUUAGAUAUGAUUUUUUAAAGAAGUAUUGUAACUGACCUGUUCCUGAGAUUUGUCUGUGCCAACAACACUUUUUGUUGCCAUAUAAGUUUAAAGCACCAUUUUUCUCUGUAUUGAAUUUCAUUCUUAGAUGGCUGAAAUAGAUUUAGAAGUGUAUUUGUUGAGCAAUGUUUGGGAUCAAGUACCAUUUUUUGCCGUUUAACCAUCAUAACAAACAUAUACUCAGCAAACAUUCUGAAUAAAAUUCCAUUGUAUGGAAUUGUCCUCAGCUGUGAAUUACAUUUUUCAUGGCAGAUUUACUCCUCAAUUUAUUGAGAAAAUUCAAUAUGUAGCUGCAUUUCUAUUACAGAUACAGUCUUCUGCUAGCCAACAGAUAAGCUUUUUAUCAGCAGCCAUGCUUCUGUGGCACUCUUCUGGGCUGCCGCCAAGCUUUGCCGUCCUUCCUUUCAUGAGCACACCAAUGUGCAAACAUUUGAAAACCCUAAAUAAUAUAAUAGUUACUUGAAUGCAUGCUCAAAAAAAGCCCAAAAAACCCCCAACAACACCAAACAAAAUCAAUUUCAAAACUCUUACACCAACAUAAUGUACCUAAUGCAAAUCUACAAAACCAAGGAGCACAUUUGCCAUUUCCAAAGCCCCCUGACCCACGGACUAUAUAGAUCAGCUUUUCCUCUGAGCCACAGUGGAAGUCUGCCUUCUUAUGUCUCUUUGCCACAUCACUCCUCAAACAUGCAGUGUCAGCUCCAAAUGGAGCCGGUAAUGUUGGGAAGACAAGUCUGGGUAGAGAACAUGAUGAAGAAUAAGCAGACAGGAGAGAUUACACUCUGCUGUGGUUUUUAUUAUGCAUAGGAGCAAUGCUGAGGUGUGUGGGGUGUACAGCCACUGGUUAGAAUCCAGCCUAAAAUUCAGAGAUGGGCAGCAGGUGCAGCUGUGCUGUCCACUGUGGUUGCUGAGGGCAUCCUCUGCUGAUAAUUGAGCACCCUGCAUUUCUAACAAGAAGGCAUUUUUAACAAGGCACUGGAACUCUUCAGCUCACAGUGCCACACAAGCUGCUGGCUUUAGCCCAAGCACAUUUUAUCUUCUCUACUCUUGUGAACUAUUUCUCUGUUCUUCUUGCAAUGGAAUAAGAACCUGUGGAGAUAAGAUCCUUUUUCUUCCCUGUUGCCCUUCAGAUGAGAGGAUGUGCACUUGGAGUGAUGCCCAUUAGCAGAAGUGAUGAUGGAAUACUGGAAUCAAAAAAUUCCCCACAGAGAAACAGCAGUGGUAAAAGAAGAAAACUGAAUAAAGUGAAGUGACCUUGGUGGACAGCUACUGAAGGAAAAAAUAAAAGAGAAAAGAAAGAAAGAAAACUACCAGGAAACGGGUUAAUGUGUGAGGGCAAUAUAAAAUAUGAAAAUGUACAAGAACAGUAAGGGGAAGUCAACAAAAUUGUCACAACAGGCAGAAUGAGAAGGCAUAAGCAAUAAAACAAGAGAGGAAAGAUUAAUCAAAUCCCUCCUUACUGUAGGGUUGUACUACACCUUGCCUUAUGUUUUUUUAAGUGUAACUCUAUAAAUUAACCUCAUUGGCUUUUUUCCCCCCAUUGUGGGGAUAUAAAAGAUGCUAAUAAGUUCUUACAAAGGGUAAAUAGUUUAAGGGGAUAAUACUAGUGAUACUGAAGUAUUAAACUGAAGAUCAAAGCUAGGACUGCCAGUAUAGGAUCUUUAGGUUAUCCAUACACUGCUACAGCUCUAACAGAUUAAAGACUCAUUUGAACAUAAAAAGAUGAAAAAUCAUAGACAUCAUAGCCAUUAUAAUAAUGCCUUGAUUACAAAACAUAGUAAAGGCCCAAUUCUUUCAGGCUCAUACCAAAUAGUCCUUUAUUAAUAGCUUCAUUAAAGUUAGUGGAAUCAUCUUGGUGGGCUGUGUUCCUCAUCAAAAGUAAGGAUUUCUAAGGUCAGUCUGCUCAAGCUCAGUGACAUUUUUCAACUCUUAGACCAGUUUCCAUUCUGACCCCUGGAGUAGUAAGGGUUACAGUGAUGUUUUGACUGUUCACUUCCAUCAGCAGCAGCGCAGUUAUACAGAGAAAUACUUUUCAUAAGGAGAAGAAUCUGUCCUGUGCAACCUAAACUCUGAAUAUUGUUAAAGUAGGAGCUACUUCCAGCCGCAGUCUCUGGUGCCAUGGGGAUGAAGGUUUCUGCAUUGAAACUCUACAACUCCUUGGCAACAAGGGCUGUUCUGGGACCAGUAGGACAGGUAAACAAGUGUAGCUCUCCCUGCUCUCAAAGCCAUAGCUCUCUUGGGCAUUAACAUUUCAGACUCACUCAGAAGGUUAAAAAAGACCCUGGAUGAUGUAAAAGUCACACCACAGAACAGAGCAAAACAGAUCACCUUUUUAAGCUCCAUUUCAAAUGUCACCUACUAUAGUGAUAUGCUCUCAGGUGAAGUCAGGUUUGGGGAGAGAAGAAAAGUUGUGUUUGAAAGAGAAUGUGCUUCUGAGAUGGUUUAUUUCUUGCCAUUUCUGUGUCAAGUGCCAAAGAUUCUAGGAGUUUAUAUAAACUCUGGAGUAGGAUUGGAAAUGGAUAUGUAAAAUUCAGUGUAUUAGAACUCUGGGAAUUGCAAGCCCCAGCUAAAAAGCAGCUAUAAAAAGUAGUUGGUCAGGUUUGGUGUUCAUACAUUUCCACCAUUUACCUGUCUGUUCAUUUUUUCUUUGAUGUCUCAGACCUGAUGCUGCUAUUAUGCACAUUAUGACAACUGUCACCUUCCACACAGGACAGGUAAAGAAAGAAGGCAAAAGUCCAAGAAAAAGCUACCAUGCCUUUAUAAUUACCUUUAGGAUUAUGGCUUGAACAUAGACUUGAAAUAUGUGACUUGGAUUCCCCUAUGGGUCUGAAAGAAACCUUUAGAGUACAUCCACUCUCGCUACUGACAGAUGGUAAAGCAGAGAACAGCCACUACGAAGAUAACAGUAUUUCACCCACGGGUUUUUCUUACUAUGUAGUAGCAUAAGGUAGCUGUGAAGUCAAUGGUGUUUCAGAACACUUCUUGCAGUACUGAGGUUUCUGGCUGGAGGUAGCCCAAACACACAAUCAGUCUAGGAACUCUCAAUCUCAUCACAGAGGUCACAUAAAAGAAGAAGAUACCUAGCCAAAUGACAGGCAGGUUUAUGUGGGUCAUGGCUGUUUCUACUAUGUACCAGAGGCCAAACUUGCUGCUUUUCGCACUGAAAUGGGGAACUACAAAGCUUUAAACCCCUUGGGGUUUUUUCCCCCUCAGCUUGUCAUGAGAGUGGCUAGGCAAGAUACAAAAAGGAACUCCAGAGAGGAAAGACUGAAAAAAAAAUUGAAGCUUUAAUAUAUUCCUACUCUCUGACCCCAUUCCUCCUUUGCUGUGCAUCAACCAUUUUAACAAUCUGGCAAAAGCAAACCCUGAAACUAGAAAACCCUUUCCUAACCAGUGUCACAAAACCUCUUGUCAUUUACUGAGAAAUGUUAUGAUGUUUUAAUGUUAUCUCUUCUCUUUUCUUUUUUAAAUUUUCAUUCAAUACCACUUAGUUCCUCAUUUUAAAAAUAGCUGUUCUGAAAAGACCAGUUUGCAUUUUAAAACAAACAAAUGGUUAGGAUCUGCUUACAGAAUUGAGCUUAAUAUGGUAGUGGCUGUUAAACAAGAUUGACGAAUAACAAUAAUAAAAAUCAGUGAAAUCACUUACAUAUAAUCUCUUGACUAUGAAAUAAACCACUGCUACAUCCACGCUAAGCAUAUGUAAACAAAACAUGGGGGAUUUGCCGCUGCUGGUUUCUUUCUCCUAAGGAUGGUUAUUUUCAGUUCAUAAACUCUCAGCUGUCAUCCCUGAUUUAUCUUCGCAGCAGAUUCUUGUUGGGGUCACAGGGCUGGGAGCAGGGGCGAUGUGGCACGUCCCCCGCCCGCUGCGCUCUGCCGCCCCUGCCAGCCACAGCGUUCGUAGCUGGGAUUCGUGCUUCCCUUUUAACCCCUUUCUCAUCCCUCCCUCUGUCAGUGCCUGACAUUUUGUGCAUUUUGGUUGUUUUCCAGCAUGGUGAGAGCCGUGUGAGGGAGAGGUACGAGCUUAGUUUGUUGGCGAGCAUCCUCCUCUAAUUCGGGGACGGGAGAGAGGGCUAACAGAGAUAACGAAACCCCGCCUGCGUUCAAUCUGCUGCCCAAACAAUGUCUUUAUUUAAGCAUAUGAAGACAUCGCUGUGUAGAGGUCCUUUAAAAAAUGUUUUAGCCUUUCCCAGCCGUAGCGAGAGCGACCACUUUAUUUGCUGGAAAGGGCUCUUCCCGCCCCUUCCUACUCCUGCCCUGCCUCCGCCCCCCGCCUCCUUUCCCCAUAUAUUAUUACUCUAUGUUAAAACAGUCCCACCGCGCUCCGUGCCCACGGCCGGCCGGCGGGCAGCCCUUCCGUGCCCGGGCCGAGCGGAGCUGUCUGUGCGCGGCGGGUGCUGAACCGCGCGGGGCGGCAGCGCCGGCGGAGCCCUCCCGGCCGGAGCCCUGCCGGCCUCGCCCCGGCGCCGGGAGCGGCGGGAGGCGGCGGAGGGGGCGCCGCAGGGGAUGGGGGGAGCCGGCGGCGACCCCACGCCGCCCGCCUGAGGAGCCCGCGCACAAAGCCGCGCCGCGGCCAUGGAAGAGGAGCUGAAGUGCCCGGUGUGCGGCUCGCUGUUCCGGGAGCCCAUCAUCCUGCCGUGCUCGCACAAUGUCUGCUUGCCCUGCGCCCGCACCAUCGCCGUGCAGACCCCGGAGAGCGAGCAGCACCUGCCGCCGCUGCUCCACUCCCGGGGCCCCGCGCCGUCCCCCGCCGCCGCGCCGGGAGCGGCGCCGGGAGCGGCCGCGGGCUCCGCCGCCUGCCUGGACGCGGAGAGCGCGGCGGGCGGCGGCGGCGGGGACCACGCGGACAAGCUGAGCCUGCACAGCGAGACCGACAGCGGCUACGGCUCCUACACCCCCAGCCUGAAGUCCCCCAAUGGCGUGCGGGUGCUGCCGCUGGUGCCCGCGCCCCCGGGGGCGGCGGCGGCUCCGCGGGGCGCGGGCCCCGCCAGCUCCUCCCUCACCUGCCCGCAGUGCCACCGGAGCGCGUCCCUGGACCAGCGCGGGCUCCGCGGCUUCCAGCGCAACCGGCUGCUGGAGGCCAUCGUGCAGCGCUACCAGCAGGGCCGCGCCGCCGCCGCCGCCGCCGCCAAGUGCCAGCUGUGCGACCGCAGCCCGCCCGAGCCGGCCGCCGUGCUGUGCGAGCAGUGCGAGGUGCUGUACUGCGCCGCAUGCCAGCUCCGCUGCCACCCGGCCCGCGGGCCCUUCGCCAAGCACCGCCUGGCCCCGCCGCCCGCACAGCCGGGCGCCCCCGGCGGCGGCGGGGACGGCGCCGGGAAGGGGGCGGGCGGCGGCCGCAAGCUGCCGACGUGCGCCGAGCACGACCUGGAGAACUACAGCAUGUACUGCGUGAGCUGCCGCAGCCCCGUCUGCUACCAGUGCUUGGAGGAGGGCAAGCACAACAAGCACGACGUGAAGGCCCUGGGAGCCAUGUGGAAGCAGCACAAGGCACAGCUAUCUCAGGCUUUAAAUGGUGUUUCAGAUAAAGCAAAGGAAGCGAAAGAAUUUUUGGUUCAGCUGAAAAAUUUAUUGCAGCAGAUCCAGGAGAAUGGGUUGGAUUAUGAAGCCUGUCUCGUGGCUCAGUGCGAUGCCUUGGUUGAUGCGUUAACACGGCAAAAGGCAAAACUGCUCACAAAGGUCACCAAGGAACGUGAGCACAAGCUGAAGGUUGUUUGGGACCAGAUAAAUCACUGUACACUGAAGCUACGCCAGUCAACAGGGCUGAUGGAAUACUGCUUAGAGGUUAUCAAAGAAAAUGAUCCCUCUGGGUUUUUACAGAUUUCAGAUGCUUUAAUCAAGCGUGUUCAGGUAUCUCAGGAACAGUGGGUCAAAGGAGCCUUGGAGCCGAAAGUAUCUGCUGAGUUUGACUUGACUCUGGAUAGUGAACCUUUACUGCAGUCAAUUCACCAGCUGGAUUUUAUUCAGAUGAAAUUGCCACCCGUUCCAUUACUGCAGCUGGAGAAGUGUUGCACCAGGAACAACAGUGUGACAUUGGCCUGGAGGAUGCCACCUUUGAGCCACAACCCAGUGGAGGGCUACAUCUUGGAACUUGAUGAUGGAGACGGUGGCCAAUUCCGAGAAGUAUAUGUUGGCAAGGAGACCCUCUGCACCAUCGAUGGCCUUCAUUUCAACAGCACUUACAAUGCCAGAGUCAAAGCUUUCAACUCCUCGGGCGUUGGUCCUUACAGCAAGACAGUAAUUUUACAGACGUCGGAUGUGGCAUGGUUCACCUUUGACCCCUCCUCAGCUCACAGAGACAUAGUGCUGUCGAAUGACAACCAGACUGCCACCUGCAACAGCUACGAUGACCGUGUGGUCCUGGGCACCGCCGCCUUCUCCAAGGGCGUGCAUUACUGGGAGCUUCACGUGGACCGCUACGACAACCACCCGGACCCAGCCUUUGGCAUUGCCAGGAUUAAUGUGGUCAAGGACAUGAUGCUGGGCAAGGAUGACAAGGCAUGGGCCAUGUAUGUGGACAACAACCGCAGCUGGUUCAUGCACUGCAAUUCCCACACCAAUCGGACUGAAGGAGGAGUUUCUAAAGGUGCCACUGUUGGUGUGCUCCUGGAUCUGAACAAGCACAACCUGACCUUUUACAUAAAUGGGCAGCAGCAGGGGCCUCCAGCGUUUGAAAACAUUGAGGGCGUCUUCAUGCCUGCGUUGAGCCUCAAUCGAAACGUCCAGGUGACCCUGCACACAGGACUGGAAGUGCCACAAUCUGUAAAACAGCCCAAGUUGCCCAACAACUAAUGAAGCCCGUCUGACACUGUGCUGGAUUCUGUAAGCUUUCUCAGUGUGUUUUGACACUUUUCAGUAAGUCAGUAAAAAAGCAUCCUCUUCCCUGACUUCAAACACUGUGCAGCAUGCUGCUCACUGAAUAAUCGACUGGUUAGAGCUAGGCCACUCCAUUUUCAAUUUAACAGCCAUAGCAAGCACAUCCACUGGACUGGCACUCGACUGCAGAUGGGUAAUUGAACAUAUCUACUCUGCAUUGCAUACAUAUGUACACUCAUGUGCACACACACACAAACACAUCUGUAAAGCAAAAGCUUAAAUGAGUGUAAUUUCUCUCUCAUGGCUGGAUUUGUGCUUAAAUAUUAGGGAUGCUGGAAAAAAUGGGUGAGACUGAAGGACAGUGGAUGUUGGAGCAGUUUACCAGCAGAUGAACUGGAUUCCCUUGCCACCUGAAGUCCUUAAAUAAAGAAAGCAUAUGUUUUGACAGCUGAAGCAGAGGUUAUAUGCUCAAGAAUUCCUGGUUGUCAGUUACCUGGUUGCUCAAGAAUUCCUGGUUUUCAAUUACAUUCAGGGGCUCAAAUGAUCAUGGAUUUUUCCUUCUGGCUCUAGACUGCAGUAAGCUAUAGGAUAAUGUCCCCUUAAAAUUCAGUGUCAGAACUUAUCUGCAGUGAGAACAAGAUUGAUUCCCAAAUGCUGCCAUGAAAUAGCUGGGUUCAUUUUAGCUAAUACCAUGAUACAUGCAGAAAUCGGGUACAGAAAGUCAAAAGAAAAAUAUCCUUGGUGCAUUUUAGUGUUUGUUAUUUAGGUGUGACUGCGGAGACACUUACAGAAGACCUGAUUGUGGUUAUCAGCACAACUCUUAUAAAACAGUGCAUGGGAGAUUCCUUUGAACUGAAAUUAUAUAAGAUUUAUUUAAAUAUGGCACAUACAAAGUCUCCCACAUUGAGAAAUGCUGUUUUCCAGCCUUGAUCCUAAGAAAACCUGUGCAGCUGUAGUUCCAAUGUAGCUUUGAGAUUUGAAGCCUUAAUUUUAUAUUAGAUUACUGUGACCUAAUUAAUGUCUUGAUCCUAAUGAAACACUUGAGAGAGAUUAAUAGCAGUAAUGCAAAACCCGUCCCUAAGAAUUUUUCUGGAUUGGGACAUAAAUCUUUUGCAAGACUUGACCUGUGCCUGGCAACUCCCAUGAAAAUGAGCAGCCAUUUCAGGUGCUGCCCGUGACAACUGGAGUCUGACUGACAGUGAUCUUUUCUCACAGCCAUGGCACUGUCACCUGCAUGCAGCUGUCAGAAAACCCAGCACUGGCUUGCCUGUGGGCUUUGUUUCCUCUGAACCCGGUUAACACGUGUGUGUGUGUAGUGGCAAUGCGUGAGGAGGAGAUGCAGCAGGCUUGGUGAGCCCGUGACAUCUUGGACUCUUGUCACUCUAACCCUAUAGAAGUGUGGUGCUAUCAAACAAGAAAAGCAUAAACUUUCAAAUCCUAUCCAUGUACUAUUUUGGUUUUUAAAAUCCUGCUGCUUAUACAAAUUUUCCUCUUCAAGCAUACAUAUACGCACACAGAUAUUCUUAUCAGGCAUGUAAUUAUUAAACCUGAAAACAAAUAUUCCAACCAAAAUCCAGCUUACUGCUUUGCAUUAAAGCACAGCCACAGGACAAACAGCCCAGACCUGCCUUCAGGCAGCCUGCCAGCCCCCAGAUAUCCUGCUGCAGGCCCACUUCUGCUCUCUGUCUGGAGCACAUCACUCAGGUAGCGCUGUGUGAUGGCAAGGCUUCCCUGUGGCAAACAGCCAGAAUCCUCCUGUGGGUCAUCCCACCUCACAGCCAUUGUGAGAAGAGAAAGGCAGACCAGAACAAAACUGGGCUAUUGCACAGACACAAAGCAGUCUGCCAUCCUGCUGCCUGUAACCAACCAAGCAUCCUGCAGCCCACCUCUUCUGCAGGACAGCAACACACCUGCAGCAAUGUCAAGACUGAAAUAGGAAAUAAAACCAAUGAUGGAAAAAAAAUAGCAUAUGCUUUUAAGUGAGGAAGUAACAGUACUUCCUUUAGAGUCUGGAACGGAUUGUAUUAUUAAAUUUGUAGACAAUGGAAUAACUGUGCUAUGCUUAUCUUGGUUUUGUAAAGAAUAUCAGAGACCAACUGUGUUAUAAUCUUCUGUUUCAUUCAAUACCAUAUGAACUCGUGCAAGAUUUUCUAAUUAGCAGGUCUGUUUUCACCUACCUCAGCUAGAAACGCUACCAGACCCCAAAUUUCUUCUUGAGUGUGCUCUUCUACAAACCUAACAGUUGUAAUCAUAGCAUUGACUUUGAGUAUUGCCAGUCAGAGUAGUGUAUGGGAAUAUUGUACAUAAAUUGCACAUAGUUUUUAUAAGGGGAAACAUCCUGUGAUAAUUUUAAUAUGGAAGGCACCCCACUUUCACUUGUAUUUAAAAAGACAGGACAUUGUUUCUUUUGGGACAGAACCUCUGUCUUUACUCCCAACUUCUGUAAAGGAAAUUCAAAUGAAUUUACAUAUUUCCAAUCUUCAACCAUUGCCAGAUGUUUAAAAUUAAUUCUGAAUGGCUUUUAGAAGUGUUUGCAGUUCUCAGUUUUUGUUUUCAUAGUUGCUUUGGUGUCGGUUCCUGGUGUAUUAUAUCUUGGGGAGAACACACUGAGUGACAUGUUGUUGAUUUCUAAUGAAUAUAUGGACAGUAGGUAGGAACAGUGAGUAGAGAAGCUCAGUUUUUACCCUCUAUGCAUUCCAACAUUCACAAAAGUAAGGUAGCUACCAUUGUAGUCUCCUUUUAACCUAGCAGAAAUGCAAAAAAGUUAAAAGAAAUAGUUAGAAGUAGGCUACCUGCAUUAGUAAGUACUACUUUACCCUAGGUAAAAAAACUAAACAAAGUCUUUGCAUGUGUUGGUUGUGUACUCAGUCAAGGACUUAUAUUUGGCAUGGCCUGUAGCAAUAAACCCAUUAUCCUCAUA